UCUAUGUCAUAACCGGUACCCGGUUCUGUGCAUUGAAACAUCGACGUCGAGGAAUUAGGGAAAUCAAAGCGACGAAACGUUUCAACCGUAGCGUCUCUGCAUUAAUUUCCAAAUAAUACAUACACGAUAUAUACUUAUUACAUAUCUUACUUUGUAAUAUCUGAAACCCUCGAAAGGCGCACGGUCGAUAUGGAGGACAAGCUGUUGCAGAUGUUCCAAGAUGUUGGAUACACUGGGCCGAUGCUUGAUACCAACAAACUGUCGAAUGCUCUAAAACUUGGCGCAAAAUCGCCGGAUUUUACUAGUCUUAUAAACUGGUUUUCUGAGCAAUUGGCGACAUUUAUAGAUAUAGAUGAAACUGUUAAUGCUACAGCAAGCUCAGACGAUGCUAGUUCCUUCCUUUUAGAAUUAAGUUUCUUUCUUAAAGAAAUAGGGUGCAUGAAUGAGAAACUGAUAACUGGACAUAUGAAUCAAAGACUAGCUAAUGAAUCUGAAAGAGCUAUUCUAAUAGAAUUUUUAGCGGCAGAGCUUAUGGCUUGUAAAUUAUUAGAGGUAAAAUGUCCUAAAGAAACAAAUCAAAUAGAAGUCACCAUUGAUGAAAGUGACACUGCGAGAACUUUGAAAAAUAUGCUGGUUACACUAAAGUUUCAAAAGCCACCGGAUAAUAUUUCGUCUGAAUUAUUGUUUUCACGACUAGAAACUAAAUUAUUAGAAAUUCUAAAGACUGUACCACCUAAUUAUUUAGAUAAACCACUUAUAGAUGUCGAACUCUCUGCUAAACAAUGGGAGAAACUAGGUAAGCUGCAAGAAGAAAUGCACAAGGAAUAUAUAAUUCGCCGUGAGUUGUUGCUCAAACGUCUUGAUGUUACAGUUCAAUCAUUUUUGUGGUCUGACAGAAUAAAGUCAAGGGAAACUGAAAUAAACAAUAAAUAUGAGGAGAGAAGAAAGACUUUGAAAAAUGAACCAAGAGUAACACUGGCCGAUUUACUAGCAGCUAGAGAUGAUCUAGCAAUAAUUGAGAAAACAAGUAAUGCGAGUGUUCGCAAGAACACACGAAGUAAAAUCAACAGCGUUCUUAUUGGAAUGGUUCCGGACAGAGGUGGUAGACCAUACGAACAAGAACCACCUCCACCAGAGAUGCCACCAUGGCAGAAGGAUAGAGUUCAAGGACCGCAAUCAUUUCAGGUCGGAAGAGGAGCAGGUGGAGGUGGACGUGGAGGUGGUAGAGGUAGUAGAGGCGGAAGUGGAGGAGGUGGUAGCGGCUAUCGAGAUCAUAAAGACGCUAGUAGUAAUUUUGGUCAGAAUUUGGAUUAUCAGCAGCAAUCUCAAUAUUCUGGACAUGGACAUAGAGAAUGUUAUCCGGAUCAUAGAGAUACAGGAGGAUAUCAGAGAGGCAGCAGUGGCGGAGGUGGAGGUGGAUCUUAUCGCGGAGAUUUCGGCAUGAACUACAAUCAGAAUUACAGUCAAAAUUACAAUCAGAAUUAUCAACAACCGCAAUAUUCCGGCCAGAGAGAUUCGUAUGGGGAUAACAAUCAAGGUGGUGGAUUCUACUAUCAUGACAGGGAAGGCAGAGGAGGAAGAGGAGGCAGAGUUCAAGGUGGAUGGAAUAGUUAUCAACGUGGCGGUUACAAUAGGGGCAGAGAGCAAUACUGAAGAUGUUACUUUGCGUAUGUUUUUAAUGAUAACAAAAGUUUCUCGCAAAAAGCUAAAGUUAUUAAAAUGAUAUUAAAAUAAUUAUAGUAGUUACGCUCGUCAUCACUUAUGCUUAUAUUAUACUCACACAUGUAA